GGGGCCUCAUUUAUAAAACUGUGCGUAGGAUCCUUACUAAAAAUCUACGUACUCUCAAAAGCCAAAAAUAGCGUACGCAAAAAAAUAUUCAGAUUUAUAAAACCAUGCGUACACACACCUGCACGCAAUUUUCACUUUAUAAAUCACAGCCUACCUGAUAAUUUGCGCACGCAAAAAAAAAAUCAUUUGCCGCCCUUUAUCCGCCCACAUUCAACCAUAUAUAGACAAUGCAAAUUACCUCAUUGGCCAUGCAUAUUAAAAGGAGCAAGGAAAUUUGUGUUUUUUAAAAACAAAAUCAUGGCAGAAAUGGAGAGCAAGGGCAAGAAGCGAAAUUUCUCUGAGGCAGAAUUAGAGGUUCUUGUGAGUGAGGUGGAUGAAAGGAAGGCUAUUUUGUUUGGUGGCCACAGCAGUGGAAUUACUAAUAAAAACAAAUAUUUAGAGUGGCAACACAUCACUGCUGCGGUAAACGCAGUUGCUUCGGCAAACAGGACGCUUCCAGAUGUAAAAAAGAAGUGGUCCGAUCUUAAGGUGGGAGUAAAGAAACGGCUUGCCUCUCACCGACAGAGUGUGUGUGCGACUGGUAGGGGCAAAGGCGCCCCCGAUUUGUCCCCAAUGGAGACCCGAAUGGCCUCGAUUCUCGGCCAAACCAGUGUUUGUGGCAUUGUGUCUGAGAGGGAGGGAGACACAGAUGUGCUGGAUACAGGGGAACCAGUCCUUAUUCUUGCAGAGUCUGCGGGAGCCCAGUCUGACGAAACUCCCAGCGCAGAGUCUGCAGGGGCUAUGGAGUUUCCCGAGGUCCCCAGCACAAGUGCGUCCCGACUGUAUGGCACGGCUGGAAGUGGCCGGGUGCUGACUGAGGCUGUACUGCAGACACAGAGAGACACCAUUAAUGCAGUUACUGUAAUCGCGGAUGAGCUUAAGCAAAUAAGGGUUGUGCUGGGUGACAUUGCAUCUACAUUAAAAGAUCUUGUUAAAAAAUGAACC